AUGGAAACCCCUCAGGGUCUGAAAAGCUUCUUUCCCAUGAAGACCGUGGCUCUGUACUUCCUUCUCAUGACCCUGCUGGCUCAGGGAGGAGAAGGGGCAUCUAACUGCAAAAUUGCUAGGUCUAUUUUUCAGGCACGACACAUUAACAACCAGAUCUAUUAUUUGUCCAAAAUGGCCAGUGAUGCCGAUGAUGAUACCACCACUCGAUUCAUAAGCCGUCUCAUAGUAAAAGAUGUCGAAGAAACAAAUCGCUGUUAUGUGAUGAAGGAAGUUCUGAACUUCCAACUGAGGGAAGUGUUGUUGUCUUAUGAGCAAAAAUAUGAGAAAUACAUGCGAGAUGUGUUGCCCUUCCUGAAUAAUGUGAAAAGCAAGCUAAGUAGCUGUACUAUGAAUGGUGAUACCAGAAAAGUCCAGAGAACAAUUAAUGAUAUGAGGAGCAAAGUGCAAAAGUUGGGAAAGCAUGCAGUGGUAAAAGCAAUGAGUGAGAUGGAUAUGAUGCUCUUAUACCUACGAGGCUACUGCAGUUAAAUUUUCUACAAUAUAGGAAAAAUAGAAAAAGGAAAUCCAAGGCUUUAGAUGA